AUGGCCGCCCCCGGCCCCCUCGAGGUCGCCUCGACCAUCCAAACCGCCUCUCUGCAGCGCGACCCGUCUCCCCACCACGACCUCAACCCCUCCACCUCCGCCGACGUGCGCGAACCAGUCCACGUGCACCACCACUUCGACGAAGACGACGCUGAGAUCCCGCUCUCCGUCCUCCGGCCCGCACCUCGCCGCCCGCCCCACGGCGGCCACGGCCACCACCACCUCCCACCGCUGCCGGACCUGCGCUUCGAGCAGAGCUACCUCAAGAGCAUCGAGCGCUGCGAGUCGCGCUGGGGCGUGGCGUACGUGACGCUGCGCGACCAGAUGCUGCUGCCGCUGCUGCAGGGCACGCUGUGGACGCUGCUGCUGAGCGGCUGGCGCCACUGGAACCGCGCCAGCCAGCUGUCCGGCGCGAGCGUCGGCGCCCGCGUGCGCCGCUGGUGGUGGAGCGUCAACGACUGGAAGUUGCCGACCCUCAAAAAACCGGAGCUGGCGGAGCGCGUCAAGGAUUACUACGUUAGCGAGUUUGCCAAUGCGGGAUCGGAUUAG